AUGUGUGUGUGUGUGUGUGUUCUAAAUCCUCUCCCCUCUCCCUCCAGGCCCACCUUCCGUUACUUCACGUGGCACACCUGUGUGCUUGGCAUCGUGGGCUGUGCUGUCAUGAUGUUCCUGAUCAACUCUAUCUACGCCUCAGCCUCCAUCGCCUUCAUGCUGCUGCUACUCCUGCUCAUCCAUUACCUCAGCCCGACCAGCAGCUGGGGCUAUAUCAGCCAGGCUCUCAUCUUCCACCAGGUACACAGUACAGUGUGUACACACACACACUUCUGCUGCUCAUCCACUUCCUCAGCUACAUCAGUCUGUAGAACAUUAUGACAUGACAUCAUCCUCUAGGGUUGAGCGGUAUCCAGUUUUUCAUAUCAUUUAACUGUCCUCCUCAUCUCGGGAUUUACGGUAUUACCGGUUUAGUACACAAGGGGUCGCCCAAAAAAUCCUAUUGGGCGUCUAUUACCAGAAUGCUAACAAAAUUGGCACAAUUAAUAGUGAAUUUCCAUGGAGGCUGCUAUCUAAGGACUGUAUGUUAACGAGCGCAAACGAAAAUAAAUGAAUUGCAAAGACAGGCAAUCUAGCUCAUAAAGUUAUACAUCGGUAGGAGCUACCGAAUGUCAUUUUUGGUGAGUUUGGACAUUUACAAGCGAAUGUGAAUAAGAGACGUUGUACAAUUGAACCCAUUUUUGAUGCAUGCUUGUCUGAAGGAACAACAACAGUACUGUCUCUGGAGCAGCAUGUGUACAUGUGUCUGGAUUCGCUAGGGCAAUGGGCCUGCCUGCUCUGCUCGGAGAGGAGGGGGGAGGAGCAGACAGGCCGAGAACAGAGAAGGAAAAAGCAAGAUAACAGUGGCAGCUUUACAGAGAACUCAUCCAAAGGGCUUUGACUUCUCAAACACGGCAGUAAGAUAACACAAUAUGAUGCCCCGUCAACUUAUUAAUUCAGCCACUUACUUAGAUAACUAGCAAGUUAAAGUUAGGGGUCACAUUAACGCAGAAUUCUUUCACGCAGGAAAAACAUAUAAUUUGCAUAAAUGCUGUGUUUUGUAAACGCGGAUCUAAAAUGCUUCUUGUUGUAAUUUCUGCUCGGCAGCAGACUAAUGUUGUGCUUCAGUUGCACUUCUCCACUCGGAUGAAAAUUCACGAACAGGCAUUCUAUCAGCAGACAGCUCUCUGACUGAUGUGGAGCUACUUUUCUCUGGUACUUUUCUCAGUGUAACCAGCCUACUUUUCUCUGGUACUUUUCUCAGUGUAACCAGCCUACUUUUCUCUGGUACUUUUCUCAGUGUAACCAGCCUACUUUUCUCUGGUACUUUUCUCAGUGUAACCAGUCUACUUUUCUCUGGUACUUUUCUCAGUGUAACCAGCCUACUUUUCUCUGGUACUUUUCUCAGUGUAACCAGCCUACUUUUCUCUGGUACUUUUCUCAGUGUAACCAGCCUACUUUUCUCUGGUACUUUUCUCAGUGUAACCAGUCUACUUUUCUCUGGUACUUUUCUCAGUGUAACCAGCCUACCUUUCUCCGGUAAAAUGCUAGAUUAACUUUAAAACAUAGGAAAUGAAGCUGGCUACAUUCUUUCUUUUGAUAAACAUUAGAAAUAUAAUGGCCAUGCAUCAUUUGGGCAAAAAAUACCUUGCUUUUUCAUUGUAAGCUCCUUUACUUGUGUGGCUGCCAGCCAAAUAACGUUGCACUUCUGUUGUCGUGACUUUCGAUAUAAAACGCCACCCCUGUCAAUACACAGCUGGACUCACCUCAGUCACCUGCUCCCGCUUUCUCCCGUUGUGUUAUUUACAAACAAACAUGUGGCUCAACUAUGGUAAGCUUCAUAAUGUAAAAUAAUGUGCCAGGUGAAAUGAAGAACGCAAUUUGCUUUAUCUCCUAAUCUAUUGCACAAGUAUGAAAAUGUAUUGAAAAACUUCAAAUAAAUAGUUUCAACGGUAUUGAAAAACCAUCCCGUGGCUAUUUCCAAAUACCCCGGUAUAAGGUAUAUACGGUAUACCGCCCAAGCCUCUCAACCAGAAGUAUUUGUAUAUUUGUCCUCUAUUCUACAAGCCUUUUGCUCUACACACCAUAUUUUCAAGGAGGGGGUACUGUUGCCAGGAGGGACCGUUGCCAAGGGGAUGGUUUCCAGGGCAGUGAGGUGCCAGGAGCCUGUCAAAAGCUAGGCUGCUCCAGGAGCAUUAUUACAGCCACUUAACUUAUUGAGCCUUUCUCCUCCACUGCUCCCUCUCUCCUCCUCUCCUCCCCAUCCCCCCGUCCCCAGGGAGAGAGGGAAACGAGGGGAACGCGGAGAGACUGGCCCACUUAGAUUAAACUAACGUGUGUGUCUGGGGAUUACGAGGGUGCAUGUUUCGGCAGUGCUCCGUAUGGAUCGGUGCCAACUGGGUGACAUUGAGGAAAGACAUAGAAGAAGGGAUUCAUGUGAUCCAGCCAAGGAGAUACAAGCUGAUAGUACAGAGGGAUGGAGAUAGUAUUGAAGGUGUGAUCGACAUGAAGAUGAGUUUAUAGAUGACUAAAAUAAGAGAAGUUAAGAAAAGUUGGAAAUGCAAUGGAAAAGGUGAUGAGAUGGAGAGGAGGAGUGAUUGAGAAAAUAAGUGAUGGAGAUGGUUCACAAGAGAGGAUGAUUGAGAGAGACGGAGAGAUGGAGUGGUAGAUGAGUGGAGGAGGCAGAAGCCCGUUGACUCCAGGACCUCGCUCUGUUUAGCAUAAACUUUGAUAAUGAUGAUUAAGAUGUUAAUGAUUGUGUUAUGAGUGUUUAGUGUUCUCAUCAUUAGCAGUAUGUACAUGCACAUACUCUCACAUAAACAUACAUACACACGCAUUUACAUGCAUGCACACACUAAUUAUUCACAUGAGGUUGUCUGGUCAUAAGCAUGGUUUCAGUACUUUGUAUCAUAGUGUUUAAUUAUUCAAAUACUUGGUUGGCUAGGUAACAGGAAUGAAUAUAGGAUAGGCAGUUUUAUGUUCCAAACUUGGAAUGUUUCAACAGUAGUCCUGUAGAGCUCUGUGAUUUGAUGUUCUGAGAAUAUGGCGGGAGGUCGGCGGUACUGCCGUUCCAUAAUGAUAACUCUCUUCAUGGCCACCACACACACACCCCUCCUACACACUCCCUGGUCUGCAGUCUCUGCCACGGUCUCAUGUCUUAAUGGGAUUCUGAUUGUGGAUCCAAUUUGUUUCUGCAGUGGCGGAAUCCUUCUGAUUUAGACCAGACAGACACAGACACACACGCACUCUGCAGACAGGGGGCGUGGUGUGGGGGUGCACAGGAACUUGUCUGUCAGAGGAGAGUAAAGGAAGGGUUUUAUGCAGAGAGUGUCGAACUUUAGCAAUAUACACCAUGUUUGUAGUUGCCAGUAGUAACCAGAUCUGUUUGUAAUUUAGCCAACUCCUCUGUGGUUUGUUGUUGUACCAUACAUAUACAUAUACCUCCCGAGUGGCCGGCCGCGACCGGGAGACCCAUGGGGCGGCGCACAGUUGGCCCAGCGUCGUCCAGGGUAGGGGAGGGAUUGGCCGGCAGGGAUGUAGCUCAGUUGGUAGAGCAUGGCGUUUGCAACGCCAGGGUUGUGGGUUCGAUUCCCACGGUGGGCCAGUAUGAAAAAUAAAAAAAUUAUGUAUGCACUCACUAACUGUAAGUCGCUCUGGAUAAGAGCGUCUGCUAAAUGACUAAAAAAUGUAAACAUAAUGUAUAUGACAUGAACAUGUAUGGUAUAACAAUGAACAACUGAGGAGUUUGCCAAAUAAUCUAGCCACUAGGCUACAGUAGUAGCAACAUGCCUUGGCAACCAACCUACUGUACAGAUGUUCACUGAAAGCCCACACUAACACACGGUUAUCUUAACAGUAUUGCAUUUUUCAUGUAGCCUACUUUUGGCCAGCUAAUAGUCUAACCACCGAUCAAUCAACAUUAUGGACUAAAAGUAUUUUGCUGUGACAAUAUAGGUCAAAUUAAGAUUCUACAUCUGUGUGUUGCAACCACUUAGCACUCCAGUCAUCCAGUCCUGAUUUAACUAUUGUGUAUGCAGUAUAGAGCAGUGGUUUCCAACAAUGGGUACUAGGACCCCUGGGGGUACUUGGCCUAUCCACAGGGGGUACUUGAAGACUCAUGAGACCAUAGGCUUACUGGUAAAAUUCACGAGGGGGCACUUCAGGGGUACUCCCUCGGGCAGAGCUAAAUUCAGUUGGUGGUACAGUAACCAAAAAAGGUUGGGAACCACUGCAGGAGAAUACAGUAUACAGCUCUGUUGUAACCUAACUCCUCUCUCUCCUUCCUUCUCCUCCAGGUGCGUAAGUACCUGUUGAUGUUGGAUGUGCGUAAGGACCAUGUGAAGUUCUGGAGACCCCAGGUGUUGCUGAUGGUGUCUAACCCUCGUAGCAGUGUAGGUCUCAUCACCUUCAUCAACGACAUCAAGAAGAGUGGUCUCUAUGUCCUGGGACAUGUACAGCUAGGAGACCUGGGUAAGAGGACAUUUGGAGACGUUGGGUUUUCAAGAAUAAAGAAGCAUUUCACUUUUCACUUCCAUUAUUCACCAAGAUUGGAUGAAUACCUCACACUGAUCCAUCGCAAUUCAGGCUUCUUGGUGAAUGUCUAGCGGAAAUGUGUUAGACUGAGUUGAAGUCAAAGCAAUGUUUGAAGAAGUAUGUCUCUGACUUGGCUAGUUCAGUACAGUAACUAAAGCUAUAUGUGUGGUAAGCCAGGCUGCUUACCAGUGUGUGAAGUUUAUUAGGUGCACCACCUCAUUCCCAAAAAUGUUUCGCUCCUACAGACAGUGAGUCACGUUGCUGUGGCUUGCUAUAUAUAGCAUCGGUGCCAGGCGCGCCGGUUCCAGUAUCUCAGAAACGGCCAGCCUCCUGGGCUUUUCACACGCACGUCGGUGUCUAGGGUUUACCGAGAAUGGUGCGACAAACAAAAAACAACCAGUCAGCGGCAGUUCUGUGGGUGAAAACAGCGCGUUGAUGAGAGAGGUCGAAGGAGAAUGGCAAGAAUCGUGGAAGCUAACAGGCGGGCCACAAAUGGGAAAAUAACGGCGCAGUACAACAGUGGUGUGCACCAGGGGUUCCCAAACUUGUUCAUUCAGGCCCCCCUUCCAGCAUUGGAGAACAUCCUGCACCGACCCGUCGCGCCCACACAGUUUGGGAACCACUGCAGAACGGUAUCUCGGAAUGCACAACUCGUCGGUCCUUGUCACAGAUGGGCUAUUACAGCAGACGACCACACCAGGUUCCACUCCAACAACUAAAAACAAGAAGAAGCGCCUCCAGUGGGCACGCAAUCACCAACACUGGACGAUUGAGGAGUGGAAAAACAUCACCUGGUCCGCUGAAUCCCAGUUCCUGUUGCGUCAUGCUGAUGUCAGAGUCAGGAUUUGGCAUAAGCCGCAUGAGUCCAUGGCCCCAUCCUGCCUGGUGUCAACAGUACAGGCUGGUGAUGGUGGUGUAAUGGAGUGGGGAAUGUUUUCCUGGCACACAUUAGGUCCCUUGAUACCAAUUGAGCAACAUUUCCAUGCCCCAAAGAAUUCAGACUGUUUUGGAUGCAUAGGGGGGUCUGACCCGGUACUAGAUGUGUGUACCUAAUAAACUGUGUGUAGUGCUAGACUUUCAGUGGUGACCGAGCUCCUCCUGUAUUGACAGGCCCAGCCUCGCGCUCUCUCGUGUGUGUGUGUCUCUCUCGUGUCUCUCUCUCUCUCUCUCUCGUGUCUCUCUCUCUCUCUCGUGUCUCUCUCUCGUGUCUCUCUCUCUCUCUCGUGUCUCUCUCUCUCUCUCGUGUCUCUCUCUCUCUCGUGUCUCUCUCUCUCUCUCUCUCUCGUGUGUCUCUCUCGUCUCUCUCUCGUGUGUCGCUCUCUCGUGUCGCUCUCUCUCUCGUGUCUCUAUUCUCGUGUGUCUCUCUCAUGUCUCUCUCUCUCUCUCUCAUGUCUCUCUCUCUCGUCUCUCUCUCUCUCUCGUGUGUCUCGCUCUCUCUCGUGUGUCUCUCUCUCUCUCGUGUGUCUCUCUCUCUCGUGUCUCUCUCUCGUGUCUCUCUCUCUCUCUCUCGUGUGUCUCUCUCUCGUGUCACUUCCUCGUGUGUCUCUCUCUCUCUCUCUCUCUCUCUCCUCUCUCUCUCUCUCGUGUGUCUCUCUCUCUCUCUCUCUCGUGUGUCUCUCUCUCUCUCUCUCUCGUGUGUCUCUCUCUCUCUCUCUCGUGUGUCUCUCUCUCUCUCUCGUGUGUCUCUCUCUCUCUCUCUCGUGUGUCUCUCUCUCUCUCUCUCGUGUCUCUCUCUCUCUCUCUCGUGUGUCUCUCUCUCUCUCUCUCGUUGUCUCUCUCUCUCUCUCUCGUUUUGUCUCUCUCUCUCUCUCUCGUGUUGUCUCUCUCUCUCUCUCUCUCGUGUGUCUCUCUCUCUCUCUCUCGUGUGUCUUCUCUCUCUCUCUGUCUCUCUCUCGUGUCUCUCUCUCUCUCUCGUGUCUCUCUCGUGUCUCUCUCUCUCUCGUGUCUCUCUCUCUAUCGUUGUCUCUCUCGUCUUCUCUCUCUCUCUCUCUCUCGUGUGUCUCUCUCUCUCGUGUCUCUCUCUCUCUCUCUCUCUCUUGUGUCUCUCUCUCUUGUGUCUCUCUCUCUCUCUCGUGUGUCUCUCUCUCUCUCGUGUCUCUCUCUCGUCUCUCUCUCUCGUGUCGCUCUCUCUCGUGUGUCGCUCUCUCGUGUCGCUCUCUCGUGUCUCUAUUCUCGUGUGUCUCUCUCUAUUCUCGUGUGUCUCUCUCAUGUCUCUCUCUCGUGUGUCUCUCUCUCGUGUGUCUCGCUCUCUCUCGUGUGUCUCUCUCUCUCGUGUCUCUCUCUCGUGUCUCUCUCUCGUGUCUCUCUCUCUCUCUCGUGUGUCUCUCUCUCUCGUGUCUCUCUCUCGUGUCUCUCUCUCGUGUGUCUCUCUCUCUCUCUCUCUCGUGUGUGUCUCUCUCUCAUCUCUCUCUCGCUCGUUGUCUCUCUCUCUCUCUCGUGUGUCUCUCUCUCUCUCGUGAUGUCUCUCUCUCUCUCUCGUGUCUCUCUCUCGUGUCUCUCUCUCUCUCUCGUGUCUCUCUCUCUCUCUCGUGUCUCUCUCUCUCUCGUGUCUCUCUCGUCUCUCUCUCUCUCUCUCUCUCUCAUGUCUCUCUCUCUCGUGUCUCUCUCUCUCUCUCUUGUGUCUCUCUCUCUUGUGUCUCUCUCUCUCUCUCUCGUGUGUCUCUCUCUCUCGUGUGUCUCUCUCUCUCUCGUGUCUCUCUCUCGUCUCUCUCUCGUGUCGCUCUCUCGUGUCGCUCUCUCUCGUCUCUCUCUCGUGUCGCUCUCUCGUGUCGCUCUCUCUCGUCUCUCUCUCGUGUCGCUCUCUCUCGUGUCGCUCUCUCAUGUCGCUCUCUCUCUCGUGUCUCUAUUCUCGUGUGUCUCUCUCUAUACUCGUGUGUCUCUCUCAUGUCUCUCUCUCUCGUGUGUCUCUCUCUCUCGUGUGUCUCUCUCUCUCGUGUGUCUCUCUCUCUCGUGUGUCUCGCUCUCUCUCGUUGUGUCUCUCUCUCUCUCUCGUGUCUCUCUCUCUCUCUCGUGUGUCUCUCUCUCUCUUGUGUGUCUCUCUCUCUCUCGUGUGUGUCUCUCUCUCUCUCGUGUCUCUCUCUCUCUCUCUCGUGUGUCUCUCUCGUGUGUCUCUCUCUCUCUCUCGUGUGUCUCUCUCUCUCUUCGUGUGUCUCUCUCUCUCUCUCGUGUCUCUCUCUCUCUCGUGUCUCUCUCUCUCUCGUGUCUCUCUCUCUCCUCUCUCUCUCGUGUGUCUCUCUCUCUCUCUCGUGUGUCUCUCUCUCUCUCGUGUGUCUCUCUCUCUCUCGUGUGUCUCUCUCUCUCUCUCGUGUGUCUCUCUCUCUCUCUCGUGUGUCUCUCUCUCGUGUCUCUCUCUCUCUCUCGUGUCUCUCUCUCUCGUGUCUCUCUCUCUCUCUCGUGUCUCUCGUGUCUCUCUCUCUCGUCUCUCUCUCUCUCUCAUGUCUCUCUCUCUCUCGUGUCUCUCUCUCUCGUCUCUCUCUCUCUCGUGUGUCGCUCUCUCUCUCGUGUGUCGCGCUCUCUCUCGUGUGUCGCGCUCUCUCUCGUGUGUCGCGCUCUCUCUCGUGUGUCGCGCUCUCUCUCGUGUGUCGCGCUCUCUCUCGUGUGUCGCGCUCUCUCUCGUGUGGUCGCGCUCUCUCUCGUGUGUCGCGCUCUCUCGUGUGUCGCGCUCUCUCGUGUGUCGCUCUCUCUCUCGUGUGUCGCUCUCUCUCUCGUGUGUCGCCUCUCUCUCGUGUGUCGCUCUCUCUCGUGUGUCGCUCUCUCUCGUGUGUCGCUCUCUCUCGUGUGUCGCUCUCUCUCGUGUGUCGCUCUCUCUCUCGUGUGUCGCUCUCUCUCUUGUGUGUCGCUCUCUCUCUCUCGUGUCGCUCUCUUUCGUGUGUCGCUCUCUCGUGUGUGUCGCUCUCUCGUGUGUCUCUCUCUCUCUCGUGUGUCGCUCUCUCUCUCUCGUGUGUCGCUCCUCUCUCUCGUGUGUCGCUCUCUCUCUCGUGGUCGCUCUCUCUUAGUUGUGCUCUCUCUCUCGUGUGUCCUUCUUCUCUUCGUGUCUCUCCUCUAUCGUGUGUCGCUCUCUCUCUCGUGUGUCGCUCUCUCUCUCGUGUGUCGCUCUCUCGUGUGUGUCGCUCUCUCGUGUGUCGCUCUCUCUCUCGUGUGUCGCUCUCUCGCUCUCGUGUGUCGCUCUCUCGCUCUCGUGUCUCUCUCUCGUGUGUCGCUCUCUCGUGUGUCGCUCUCUCUCUCGUGUGUCGCUCUCUCUCUUGUGUGUCCUCCUCUCUUCGUGUCGCUCUCUUUCGUGGUCGCUCUCUCGUGUGUGUCGCUCUUCGUGUGUACUCUCUCUCUCGUGUGUCGCUCUCUCUCUCUGGGGGUCGCUCUCUCUCUGGGGUGUCGUCUCUUCUCCUCGUGUGUCGCUCUCUUUUCGUGUGUCGCUUCUCUCUCGUGUGUCGCUCUCCCCUUCUGUGUCUCUCUCUCGUUUUUUCUGUGUCUCUCUCUUUUCGGGUUAUUUCUCUCUUUCUCUCGUUUUUGUCUUUUCUCUCUCUUGUGUGUCGCUCUUUUGGCGCUCUCUCUUGUGUGUCGAUCUCUCUCGUGUUGGUGUCGGUUUUCUCCUUGUGUGCGCUCUCUCGGUUGUCGCUCUCUCUCCGGGUGUCGCUCUCUCCCUUGUGUGUCGCUUCUCCUCUCGUGUCCUCUCUUCGUGUGUCGCUUCUGUGUGUCGCUUUUUUCUCUCUCGUGUGUCGGCUCUAUCUCUUGUGUGUCGCUCUCUUUCGUGUGUCGCUCCCCUUUCGUGUGUCCUCUUGUGUGUGUCCUCUCUCGUUUUGUCUCUCUCUCUGUGUGUGCUCUCUCUCUCUCGUGUGUCGCUCUCUCUCUCGUGUGUCGCUCUCUCUUUUCGUGUGGGCUCUCUCUGUGUGGCUCUCUCUGUGUGGUCGCUCUCUUUGUCGUCUCUCGUGUUCCUCUCUCGUGUGUCGCUCUCUCUCUCGUGUGUCGCUCCUCCCCUCGUUUUGUCGCUUUUCUAUUGUGUCCUCUCUCUGUGUGUCUUUUCGUGUGUACGCUCUCUCGGUGUCGCUCUCUCGUGGUGUCGCCCCUUUUCUCGUGUGUCGGUUUUCCUUGUGUGUCGGUCUCUCUAUCUCGUGUUCUCUCUCUCGUGUGUCGGUCUCUCUCUCGUGUGUCGGUCUCUCUCUCGUGUGUCGGUCUCUCUCUCGUGUCGGUCUCUCUCUCGUGUGUCGGUCUCUCUCUCGUGUGUCUCUCUCUCUCGUGUGUGUCUCUCUCUCUCGUGUGUGGUCUUCUCUCUCGUGUGUUGGGUUUUUCCCCUUUGGUGUGUCUCUCUCUCGGGGGUUUUCUCUCUCUUUGUGGUCUCUCUCUAUGGGGCUCUCCUCUAGGGGUUUUUCUUCUGUUGUGGCUCUUUUGUGUUGUGAUUCCUCUCUCGGUAAUUGUUUCUCUGGGCCCUUUGGGUUCCCCUCCUGUUUUCUGUAUUAGGUUUGUGUUUUCUUCUGGGGUCUUUGUUCCCCCAGGUCACAAUACAGAGAAAUAACUUAAUCGCUUAUUCUCUAAGAGCACUUGGCAGAUAAUGGCCCCUGGCCAAAAUGUUUGCAUAGAUAUUGAUGUUUUGUUUCUCUCUCUCGCUCUCUUUGUCCCCCCCCCACCCCUCUCAGACACGUUACCGUCCGACCCUCUCCAGUGUCGUUAUGACUCGUGGUUGUCUCUGGUGGACCACCUCAACAUCAAGGCAUUUGUCAACCUCACCCUGGCUGACUCAGUACGGCACGGAGUCCAACACCUACUCUUCAUCUCUGGCCUAGGUCAGUGAUUCUAUUCACUACUCUCUGAUACCAUGUACUCUAUUAGCUGUAACUCUGGCCCAACUGUCACUCAUACACACCUCUUUUACAAUCACAUCUCACCCAUUCACUCAUCUCUCCCUCUUUCCAUCCCUCUCUGUCUCUCUAGGUGGGAUGAGGCCCAACACCUUGGUCCUGGGUUUCUAUGAUGACUGCACCCCCAAAGACAAACUCACUGACCCCGCCCUCACAGAUGCCGCCGUCGCCACUCAGGACCCCGAGGACGAACACCCGCCCUACCACUUCCCCGCCCUGCGGGCAUCCAAUGAUGGCAAGGAGGAGGGCAACGGAGAAAACGGAAAAGUCAUGGGACCCCAAGAAUACGUGGCGGUGAUCGCAGACGCCAUGAAGAUGUUGAAGAACGUAGCGCUAGCCCGCUACUUCCACCAGUUCGACCGGGCCUCGACCAUCUCCUCGUCCCAAGGGAAGGGUGCUCUGUACGUGGACGUGUGGCCCGUCAACCUGCUGAGACCAGACAGCUCCAGCUACGUAGACACCUGCUCCCUCUUCCUGCUCCAGCUCGCCUGCGUCCUCAACAUGGUCCGCGCCUGGCGCCAUGCUAGACUCCGCCUCUUUCUGUGUGUGGAGGAAGGGCGGAGUCUGCGAGGCUCUGAGGAGAAGCUGGGUCAGCUGCUGAAGGAGCUGAGGAUCAAAGCCAACGUGUACACGGUGCCCUGGGACCAGCAGGUGGCGCUACAUUGGCAGAGGCAGGGUGAGGCGGGCAAGAGGAGGCCCUCCCGCCAAUCACAGAGAGAGGAGGAGGGGGUGGGGAAGAGGGGGUUGUUUGAGGAGGAGGAAGGAGACAACGACUAUGUGAAUAGCUUCCCUAGCAACGCCACAAGGCUGUCUGAUGAGUAUCUGUCGGCCGUUAACAAGUUGAUCCUGGAGCAGGCCCGCCCCCCUCCGGCCGUGCGUUUCCUGUAUUUGCCCCGCCCCCCUGCUGACACCCGCCGCUACACGGCCUACCUGCGCCAGCUGGACCUGCUCACCAAGGACCUGGGUCCUACCCUGCUCAUACACGGGGUUACGCCUGUCCUCACCACCGACCUCUAA